AUGUCGGGCCCGCCGAGAUUUUGGUCGUUGAACACCCCCGAGCCGGAGAACAAGGCCCCGAAAAACCCGGCGAAGAAGCCCGGAAAGCAAGAGUCGGAGGCCAAUAAGGAGAGGAAAUCUGGGAAAGUGGCGGCGGCGAGCAGCAGCAGUCGGGCGUCGUCAUCCUCGUCGGCGUCGGUGUGGUCCGACUCGGGUGGAAUGCGGCGGAGCGGCGGCGUGGUGAAGAGGAGGCAAUGUGGAGUCAAAAUUGACAAGGAGGACGAGAAAAAUGGUGGCGGUGGUGGAAUUGCAGCAUUGGAGGAGACUGACUAUGGUGGGUUAGUGGGCAAAGUCGAUUGCUUUUAUCAGAGUAAGAAGAGGUGCCCUUGGGUUACUCCUACUACUGAACAAUGCUACACAGCGUUUCAUGACGAAGAAUGGGGAGUGCCAGUCCAUGAUGACAGGAAACUUUUUGAACUACUAUGUUUGUCUGGUGCCUUGGCAGAACUAUCAUGGCCUGCCAUUCUUAGUAAGCGGCAGACAUUUAGGGAAGUGUUUCUAGGUUUUGACCCAGUUGCUUUGUCGAAACUGAAUGAGAGGAAGCUCAUCAUGGCAGGAAGCUGCUACCAGAACAGAAGCUGCGAUCAAUCAUUGAAAAUGCAGGCCAAAUUUGCAAGGUCCGUAGUUUGUGGAAUACAUUGGAAGUAGAGAAGGAAAAUGUAUAUGCAAGUAUAGAACUCCCAAUUGCGGCUGUUAAUAUGUAGCACAGGUUGUAGAAGAGUUGGGGUCAUUCGACAAGUACAUCUGGAAUUUUGUGAACCAGAAGCCCUUAGUGAACCAAUUCCGGUACACCCGCCAGGUUCCAGUGAAGACUUCAAAAGCAGAGGCGAUGAGCAAAGAUCUUGUGAGAAGGGGAUUCCGUAGUGUGGGGCCGACGGUUAUAUACUCUUUCAUGCAGGUAUCGGGUCUAACGAACAACCAUCGUGUCAGUUGCUUCCGAUACCAUGAAUGUAUAUGACGGGAGCUGAAGCAAAGGCAAAACAGCAAAAGAAUAUGAAGGCCAAGGCGGGAAAGGAAGAAGUUGAUUAGCCAUUCAUUGGGUUUGCGGAUAGCGAGAGUUUGGUGAACAGAGAGAGAUAUGGUUAUGGUGGUGGUGCUGCCCUGACGGGAAGUGUAUGUGUUCCUUCUGUACAAAUGGUUUAUUCACCAGCUGCAGAAUAGAAUCUGGGUGAAUGCUUUGCAUCUGUGUAUAUAUGAUGGCUGUAUUAGUUUACGCAAGUUGUGUAUGUUCUUGAUAAUGUCAAUUUUGGCCCUUCAACUUUGAUACUUGUGACAUGUGAUUUAUGAUUUUACCAAAACUUGCUGUAAUGCUGGUG